AUGGCCCAAAAGGGUGGGACUGGCCAAUUAAUACCGAUAGAUGAGGAAUUCCAUCUUGUCUUGUACAAGAAAGUAAGUCCACUUUUUUAUUAAUUAGCCUUUUCCCAUUUCUUUUGACAUCUCGAGGUCCAAAAAAAAGUUUUUUAUCCCCAUUGUAAUUGUGAUCAAGUGAUGCAUAUUACACGUGCCCUACAGGGUGUUCGAGCUCCAUGUAAUUGUAUUUGUGAUGUCUUGGAAAUGUGUAAUUGUCUGUUUUUCGGUAAUUCGAUUUGUUCCGAGAACGGGAUAUUCUUUUUCUUUCAUCCAGACAAUAAAUUUCCCGGGUUUCUUGUACGAUGCAACAAAAAGCUCGUCUAGAAGUUUCGGGGUGUCUACUGCUGAGUAAUCUUGGGCGGUAAGACCUUUUAAUUACCAUUUUAAUUAACCACCAGGGGGUUAUCUCCGUUCAGGAGUAUGACCGGAAAGAUGACCCCAAAAGAACGUGCUCUUCUGUUCCUCUUGUGCAAUGGCUGGCUCCCUAUUUUGUCUGGCCAAUUUUUGCUGGUUUCCCUCAAUUAUACAUGUCCCGCAUCAACAGCUCUGUACUUUCAUGGUCGCUGUCAUUUUAUUUGUAAAUAUUAUUUUUUGGGUGAAAAGUUGGCCCCUCUUUGGCCGAAGAAGAGGUCUACAGAAGCCUAAUUAAUUUAGAAUUAACUCAAUAAUAAACGCGCCCCGAGGGUAAACAACACUGCAGAUGAUACGGUUCCUGCCAUCAUCCUCUCAGGGCAUUAGUAAUCAUUUAUUUUUUAUUUAUUUGACCUUACUGUAAUUAUAACGGGGUGAACUCUUAAACGGCCUGAGGCGCAUGGUCUUCGAUCCCCAGAAAUUUAACGAGAUCAUAAGAAGUGUAUCUUGACUUCUCAUUUGCUGUUUGUUUCCCAAUUUACAUUUGUAAAUUACAACGAAUUCUCAGAGAUUCGGCACGUUUUGCUGCAAGAACCGAGGUACUUCCCCGAAUUGCUGCGUAUAUUUUAAGCAGACUGUCUGAUUUUAUGCAGAAUUAGAGACAAGAGUGCAAAAUUAAUGCCAGGCUGAGCGAGGGAUGCGAAGAAUGAAGUCCCUGAUGCCUCCAAAGACCUUUAAUCAAGAUUAUUUGCCUGGCUGUCUGUUUUUUACGUUCCUUUUCCUUCGGUUUAAUUAUUGUAAUCUUUUUUGGUACUUUGGGAAAACAAAAUAAUUACUGUUUAUUAUUUUGCUAUGCUUUUCACAGUCAUUUUGUUGACUCAUUUCAAGUAUUAUCUUGAAUGCCAUUUGAGUAUUUAUAAAUUAAAGUUACGUCCCCCACAUUCCAGAUGUUCUCUUCAGCUUUCUAAGUGCAUUUACAGAAAUUUACGGUAAAAAAAUGAUGUCAUUUGCAACAUCGCCUGACCUCAAAGUCGGAUCUUUUUUAUUUUUUUUUUUCAUUGAAUUAUUAAAAAGUUGGAGGUUGCCAAAUAAUUUUUGCCGAAAGUCCGUAUUAGGUAUCAAAGUGCAGUCUGGGUCCCUGGAAUUGGCCGUGUUCUGAUUACGUCGACCGUAGAUCCUUUGUGGCCAUAUACAUAAUGGGAGGGAGGGAUUACAGAAAAUGUUAUCUCGCAAUUCUUUGUGUUUCUGUUCUCCUCUUUCAAGCAGAAGAGGGAUGGAUAACUUGUUCUAGAUUUGUUUUUGUCAAAUAUGGAGAGAAGAUGACGCCUUUGAUGUUUUUAAGCUCAUCUCCGAGGUGUUUGGCCAUCCCAUCUUAUUGUGCCAAAACAUUUUUUAAUUGGUCGCCUGCCUGUUUUCAUAGGCUUGUAUAUUGAAAAUAAUCCAUCUUCUGAUUGAAUUAUAGUUUAUUUCGAUUAAAAUAAUGUAAUGGCUACUGACUGUCGGUCUGAUCUAUUAAUAGAAGAUGUCCAUGACAUCUUUAACCAAGAACGAUAGGGUUUUAAAUAAUAAUUUGUGUAUCCAAUUUGAUUGGGACAUGCUUAGGCACGAUCCCAUUGUCCCGAAUCUUAUAUUUAAUAUAGCUCAUACACCAAUGCCAUCGUUUCCUUAGUUUUCCGAAGUACUUGCAAUAUUUACAUCCCUAAGGCGAUGUUCUUUAUCGGCAAUUCCCGAAAUAAUUUUUUUUUAUAAAUUCAGAGGGUGUAAUUUGUUUAAUCUAACGGUUUUGAUGUUGUCUCGGUCCGUUGCCUAUUAGUGUCUGGUAUUAGAAUAUUUUACGUACAGUUAGUCUGUUACAUGUCACAGUGUUAUAGACUGUGAGAGAAGUCAGUAGAGGGUUCUCCUGAAGUUGAUAUAUCCAAGUAUCUAACAACUUUAAGCUGAUUAGUUUAAAUAUCUUUUGCGUACGUCGAUCUGCUAUUAUUAUAAAUGACUUUAAUGACAUUUCCCCCCACCUUCAGCGCCAUUCUAUCCAAUGUCAUGUGAAAUCUUGUUCUCGGAACCCGUAACGUUCUACUGGAAUUGCCCAACUUUACCUGUUGCACUUAUUCGAUUACUCCAAACCCAUUAGGCCGGCUUUCCAGUCACGAAACUUUUAUUUAAUAAGCGCCCUGGCUGUUUGUUUCUUUCUAUAUGCAAUGCUUGAGAAACAUGUUGCUAUGUAUUACUGUUUUCAGCUACUCCAAACACGGUCGGAGAGCAUGAACGCGACUUCUGAGGAUCUGUUGAUUGACCCGUUGAUCCUCAAUGAAUCCCAGCCCGAGUUGCGGGCAAUGAUUGCCCAUCAAGCAACCACUUGUCUGUUCACAAUCUUCGGGAAUAUGUUGAUGAUUUUUGUGAUAUUGCGCAAUAACAGAGUGAUGAGGAAGAAAAGGAUCACUCCUGUCCAGAUGUUAAUGUUGCACAUGUGUUCGAGUGAUCUUCUAUUCGCUCUUUUAACCAUCUUCCCGACCAUGAUUAUGACAAUUACUGUCCCAAACUUUUAUGGCCCUGAUUUCCUGUGUAAAUUUGUCAAAUGUCUACAGGUUUGUUUCUUCGAAAAUGUUCUUUAAUGAAUUUUAAAAUUAUAAAUUUUUUUUGUUAUUUUAGGUUCUUCCAAUGUACUCAAGUUCUUUCAUGUUGGUGGCCAUCAGUGCUGACAGAUAUUACGUAAGCAUUUGGCAAUUACAAUAUUUCCUUGGCAUAUGUAUCUACCUAACUUUCAAAUAAUUUUCCAGGCGAUUUGCCGUCCUCUGGCCAAUAUUCGAUCCGGUCGAUAUAAUCGUCCUGCCUUGUAUGCAGCCAUCGCCUGGUGUUCGGCAUUGUUAUUCUCGACUCCCCAAUUUCUGAUAUUCGGGAAGAACGAAUACAAUGACUGUGUGGGGCUCUACACGGAGACCUGGCAAUACCCGGCCUAUGUGAUCUGCUUCAAUGUGGUGGUUUGGCUGAUUCCCACCACGAUUGCCGGUUGUUUGUAUACGUGUGUGUGCCGGGCUGUCUGGAAGUCUAUGGCCUUCGAGAAACGACCCAGUAAUGCGGGAUACGACCAAAAAUCAAGGUAUGUUGGUAAUCCAAUUCCCUUCAAUUAAGUUCCAGUAUUCGGAUGAAAUACAAAAAACACAAACUGUUCCACGCCGACGAACAUUUACAACUCCAGACAACCAAAUUACUUGAGCAAGAGGACCAUACCCGGAGGGCCUCCCGACAUAGCACAACUCUUGUGCAUCACUCCGGAUUAAGGAUACAGCGUGAGGAGUUGGACAGGAAGAGGGUGCAGACCGUCAAGCUUACUCUUACAAUUGUGGCCGCCAACUUCAUUCUUUGGGCCCCUUUUAAUAUCAUCAGUGUGAUCGAUGCAUUGACCCCCACUUUCUUGAGUAAGCCGAAAACAUCACUUUUCAGACAAUCCAAAAAGUUAUGCUUGAUGCAAUCAAAUAGCAAUACUUAUCUAUAUUUACGUUUUCCAGGUCCAGUCUUUGCCACUUACAUUAUGUUCUUCGGCAAUCUAAACAGCUCUGUUAAUCCCUGGAUUUGGUUUUUCUUCAACCGAGACAUGGUGAAGAUCGCAUUGUCGCCGUUCUUCGAAGAAAGGUCAGUUCAACAGGGAAGAUCCCCUUCUCCCCAGCUGUUGACCACCUUCCAUCAAUCCAGAAGUCGGUCCAAUUCGGCCAACAAUCUCCCAAGACCUUUGAGUUGUCCGCCGAAUCCCUGAAAUCUGACUUCUGGAGUUGUCUGGAGUGCUUGUUGUCCCACAUUCCAUGCCUAUUAUCUUUGUAUGCAAUUUGGCUUCACUUUCACUAAUCCAUGACACUUGUUGUUUCUGUAGUUGUACUGCCACGUUUGAUUGUUGCUUACUGUAAAGUUGUUGCACCAAGGAACUGAGAAGAAAAAAGUGGUUAAGAAAGUUAUUUUAGAAAACUAAAGGGUAAGAUACCAUCCAAUUCGCUCUCCGAACCCUCAGAAAACCAGACAAUGCCGGUCAAGAAGAACGGGGAAAUGUUCUCCCAUGCUUCCACUGUGACUGCUUGCAAGUGA